GGGGUCCUUUGACUCCUGAACACUGGAUUUGUCGUCAACAGGCUGCGUCUUGCGCGUGGCGGGGAUUGCGUGGAGAAAGAUUGUCAGGUAUGGAGUAUAUGCAGACUCCUGCAACUAGCAGCCAGGGAAACAUCCUCUGCUGUACCUGUGGGAUCCUCAUUCCUCCAAAUGCAGCCAACAUGUGUGUGUCCUGCCUGAGGAAGGAGGUUGACAUCACCGAAGGGAUUCCCAAGCAAGUCUCCGUGCACUUCUGCAAGCAAUGUGAAAGGUACUUGCAGCCCCCUGGUACCUGGGUGCAGUGUGCUCUGGAAUCCAGAGAACUGCUUGCACUGUGUCUCAAAAAACUGAAGUCAUCCAUGUCUAAGGUUCGUCUGAUAGAUGCUGGCUUCCUUUGGACUGAGCCACAUUCCAAACGGAUUAAGAUUAAGCUGACCAUCCAAAAAGAGGUCAUGAAUGGUGCAAUUCUUCAGCAAGUGUUUGUUGUGGACUUUGUCAUCCACCCGCAAAUGUGUGAAGACUGCCACCGAGUUGAAGCGAAGGACUUCUGGAAGGCAGUGGUACAAGUGCGACAGAAGACUGUUCACAAGAAGACAUUUUACUACCUUGAGCAGCUGAUUCUGAAACACAAACUGCACCAGAACUCACUUCGUAUCAAGGAAAUUCACGAGGGUAUUGAUUUUUAUUAUGGCUCCAAGCAGCAUGCUCAGAAGAUGGUGGACUUUCUGCAGUGCACUGUUCCAUGCAGGUCCAAAGCAUCCCAACGGCUCAUCUCUCAUGAUGUCCAUUCGAACACGUAUAACUACAAAAGCACCUUCUCAGUUGAAAUUGUUCCCAUCUGUAAGGACAACGUGGUAUGCCUGUCCCCACGCCUGGCCCAGAGCCUGGGGAACAUGGGCCAGGUAUGCGUGUGCAUCCGGGUCACGAGCACCAUCCACCUCAUCGAUCCCAAUACUUUGCAGAUUGCAGAGGUCGACAACAACACAUACUGGCGCUAUCCCUUCAACAGUCUGUGUAACCCCCGGCAACUGGAGGAGUUCAUCAUCAUGGAUAUUGACAUAAUCAGGGAUCAGAAGCUGGGGGCAGGGGCUGGACUCCGGUCCAAUAAGCACAUUCUCGCAGAAGUGUGGGUGCAAAAGUCAUCUGAGAUGGACACCAAUCAGCAGUACCACUGCCGCACUUUUCUGGGCCACCUUCUCAACAUCGGAGAUGUGGUGCUGGGGUUUGACUUUGCCAAUGCCAACAUCAAUGACGAGUUCCUCAACAAAAUGAACCCCCAUCAUGUUCCUGAUGUGGUCCUUAUUAAGAAAAGCUAUGACCGUGCCAAGCGAGUGAAACGUAGGAACUGGAAGCUGAGGGAAAUGGAAAGGGACCGUGAAGGCAUGGACACGGAUGAUGAAAGACAAUACCAGGACUUCCUGGAGGAUCUGGAGGAGGAUGAGGCCCUCAGGAAGAAUGUAAACAUCUUUAGAGACUCCUCCAAGAUCCCUGUGGAGAGUGACACAGACGAUGAUGGCGCCCCCCAGAUAUCCCUCAUGGAGAUGCUGGAGGACCUGAGCCUUAAUGAUGCCACGGGUUUUUCGCUGAUGGAACCGGUGGUGGAACAAAUCUGACCCCAGAGAAUCAACCGGUUGGAUCCACCUGCUUUCAGCAUGAUGUACAUGACGGCAUGGAUGAGGUGAGAAAUCCACCCAUGAUGAUGUGUGUAAGAGUCCCAUUUAGCAGUAGAAUCCUGUUGCGUUGUGGUUUCUCCACAACGUAAACUGACAUAUAGCCUCAUUUCCUGCUGCUCAGUAGUGUGUUAGUAUAGAAGCCUUGCCUGGGGCUGUUUUGCAUUCAGAGGACAGUUUGCUCCUUCCACUGUUUGCAUUCCUCCAGGGUAACUUUGGGUUAACCGCCGGCAUUUCAGAUCUUACCCUGAUAAGAGCACAGCUCCGUAAUUCUUGUGCCAACUCAUUUCUUGAUUCAGUCUAGCAGAAUGCAGCAGGACCCCACGCAGAGUUAGACAAAGCUUAUUUCAGCCUAAUUACAUGGAAACCGUGUAUUUACAGCUCUUAAGAGGACCUGAUCUCCAGAACAAAACGCACGUCUCAACAGGUCAGAAGAAUCGUCUCUAGGGAUGCAAAUGUUUCACGUUUGUAUGAAAUGCAACCGGAAGUGGAAGAGAGCAAACGGGAUGCAGUUACUCGAGAGGUUUUCAGUUGGUGUAUAUCACACACCUGUGUUUGUGUUUAAUAGGUUGGGGGAGAUAUGAUGGAAGAGAUUGGCAUACCUGCCCCUUAUUAGCUUCUAGUGACUAUAGAAAUGUCAUAAACAGCUGUAUAGUCUUUUUUCUCUUAGGUUAUGACCCAAGAAAAGUCACACACUUUUCUGCCUAGAUGGUCAGGAGGGGUGGACAGCUGCUGGUGUUUGAAACCCCAGAGGUUUAUUUUUUCUCCCAUGACUUUUGGU